AUGCCAACGGACUGCUACCCUGCGUCUUUGCAGCCGACAACUCACAGGUCCGUCUGCGUUGCUUAUAUCUGCCUGGCCUACUUUGCUCUUCACACAUCCGUCACCUCUUUGCACGUGCACGUACCGUCUCAUCUUCCCCAAUUCUUCACUGCAGCUGGAAUGUUGGUCACAGAGAGACCACGCGAUGUCCACGUGCCUACCCUGCACUCUCAUCUCAUCAUGUCUGAUGCAAGGUCGAAUCCGUUGGACCUGACUGGUGCCCAUGCUCGACGCUUUCCUAGAUUGGCGGUCAGGAACCGUUCGCCAGUUGUAGUCACUGAGAGUGCAUGGUCGAGUGGGCAGAGCAACAGCGAAGCACCGUCACGGACCGAUGCUGGACGUCCCGGCGCCAGUCAUUCAAGACAGAACAGCACCCAGUCAUUGCAACCCGAUCACCAGCACCGCCGACGGCAGUCAAAGGCUGUCAACGUAGUGGAGCUUCAGCAGAGCGGGCGACAAGCAGCCAAGAAGAAGAGUGCUGGUGUGCUUGGCUUUCUCACUCUUAAAGAGCCGUCGACAUCAGCGCUGGAGGAUUUUGCCGAACAGGAGAGGAGGAAAGCUGCCCAGAAGAACCUCAAGUCGGACGGUGUCAUACUUCCAGGUGUCUCGUCUCAGAAGUUGCCCGAUCACGUACCCAAGGUCAACAGCAAGUGGGACGGCCUACCCGACUCCACCAAGCGUAAGUUCGACAAGGAUAGGGAAAGAGAAAGGGAAAGAGCCAAGCGAAGUUCUGUCACUUCGUUCGCCUCAAACAUCAGUGGGGAUGCACCACGUCGGUCUUAUGGUUCGUUGUCAAGCAAGCCUGCUGUGCGGCAGUCUGAGGACAAGACUCGAGUGACGGCUGGAGAAGGACAAGUGACGUCCGGAAGACGAGAUGACAGCGUCACCUCCAGAUUGUCAUCGACGAUGUCGAGCGUUACAAUUCCCGCCCUCGGGCAUACACAAGGUCAGCUGUCGGUCGACAUGCGAGCACAGAGAGCCCUGCACCCACCAACACCUCCAAGUGCUCUCAGGCUCGACUCGCAGGACGACGCCUUCGAAUUCGAUCUGCCCGAUGUUCCCAACAUUCAGGAGCGUGAUUACACUAGCGGUUCGGCCACAUCACCAGAGGCCUCCCCGCGAACACCUGCUUUUGACGCUGUCAGUCCAACCCUGAACCAUAGUACACGUGCACAAUCACCUGCUCUGUUGAUCUCAACAUCUCCUCAUGGUUAUGGAAACUUCUGGACGACGGACUGCGAAACCGUAGUCGGACAGGUACCUGGCAUCGACAUCUUGAGUCCUCCUGCCACGCUAUCUGAAAAAGCAUCUGGUCGUUCGCUAUCCAGUCACAUGGGUGCCACUAUGCCUGCAAUACAAGAAGCAGCUUCGACAAACGAUGGUGUGUCAGUCGUAGACAAUACUGUGGUCCGCAACAUUUCACGCCCGUCUCGUGGUUCGGAAACGCCUGGUUCUGCACCUACCCAGAAGGUCAAUCCGGCCGCAGCCGUGAAACCGAGCGAAAAGAACGAGGUACUACCAUGGGAAAUGUUUGAGCCUCCGAUGGAGAGCAUCAAGCACACCAAGGUCGCCUCGGAGUCCGGUAGGCUGAAGCGCUUCAGCAAGUUGGGACGAAAGUAG